AGAAACCCACAGCUGCCUGCAUCUGCUUCUGGGCCUUUGAGUUGGUUCCAUUUCUCCCCUUUGCCCACCCCCAGUAUCGCCUGGCCUUAACUGUUCUAGCUUGCUGGCACAUGUUGACUGUGGAAGGGCAAGUCUUUGAAGCACAGUAUUCUUUGAGUUUUGGCUAUAGUUUUCCCUUUGUCAUAUCAAUUCUACUUUUAAAAAGAUUUCUUUAUUUGGAAAGGCAGAACAAUAUAUAUAGAGAGAGGCAGAGAUAGACUGAUCUUCCAUCUACUAGUUCACUCCCCCAAAUGGCCACAGCAGCCAAGCUGGGCCAUGACGAACCCCGAAGCCCAGAACUCCAUCCAGGUCUCCCAUGUGGGUAGCAGGGGCCCAAGCACUUGAGCCAACCUCUGCAGCUUUCCCAGGCGCAUCAGCAGGGAGCUGGAUUGGAAGCAGAGUAUCCAGGACUCCAACUGGCAUUUGGAUGUGGGAUAUCGGCUUUGUACGCAGGGGCUUAACUGCUGUGCCACAACCCUGGUCUGUCAUAAAUUUCAGAUUAGUUUAUGAAGAUUCAAGGGGAACAAACAGGGAAAUUUGAUUGGCAUGACCUUGAAUCAAUAGAUGGAUCCCCCACCUCCUCUUUGUUCCCCCAGGAGGGGGGCACCUCACUCAACAGUUGUAGAAUGCGUGCCUGUCUGAUGUCUGCAAGGUGCACCUGGUAGGUCAACACUCCACAAAUACCGGCCAGUGACUGAGGGCCAGACGCCCGAAGAUGAGCCACCAUACUCUUACCAUUCGGCAACGGGUCUCAGGACAUGGCCAGAAAGGCCCUCAAGCUUGCUUCAUGGACCAGCAUGGCGCUUGCCGCCUCUGGCAUCUACCUCUACAGUAACAAGCACUUGGACCCUAAUGACUUUGGCGCCGUCAGGGUGGGCAGAGCAGUUGCUACGACAGCUGUCAUCAGUUAUGACUACCUCACCUCCCUUAGGAGCGUCCCGUAUGGCUCAGAGGAGUACGUGCAGCUCCGAUCCAAGGUGCACCUGCGCUCCGCCAGGCGUCUCCGGGAGCUCUGCUGUGCCAAUCGGGGCACCUUCAUCAAGGUGGGCCAGCACCUGGGGGCUCUGGAUUACCUGCUGCCGGAGGAGUACACCAGCACGCUGAAGGUGCUGCACAGCCAGGCCCCACAGAGCAGCAUGCCAGAGGUCCGCCAGGUCAUCCGCGAGGACCUGGGCAAGGAGAUCCAGGACUUGUUCGUGAGCUUCGAGGACACCCCUCUGGGGGCAGCCUCCCUGGCCCAGGUCCACAAGGCGGUGCUGCGCGAUGGGCGGACGGUGGCCGUGAAGGUGCAGCACCCAAAGGUGCAGGCGCAGAGCUCCAAGGACAUUCUCCUGAUGGAGGUGCUCGUGCUGGCCGUGAAGCAGCUGUUCCCAGAGUUCGAGUUCAUGUGGCUGGUGGACGAAGCCAAGAAGAACCUGCCUUUGGAGCUGGACUUCCUCAAUGAAGGGAGGAACGCCGAGAAAGUGGCCCGGAUGCUCAAGCACUUUGACUUCUUAAAGGUCCCCCGGAUCUACUGGGAGCUGUCCACCAAGCGCGUGCUCCUCAUGGAGUUUGUGGAUGGCGGCCAGGUCAACGAUCGAGACUACAUGGAGAAGAACGGGAUCGAUGUCAACGAGAUCUCACGCCACCUGGGCAAGAUGUACAGUGAGAUGAUCUUUGUCAACGGCUUUGUACACUGCGACCCCCAUCCCGGCAAUGUGCUGGUGCGGAAGCGUCCGGACACGGGGAGGCCGGAGAUUGUCCUGCUGGACCAUGGACUCUACCAGGUGCUCACGGAUGAGUUCCGCCUGGAUUACUGCCGCCUCUGGCAGUCGCUGAUCUGGACGGACAUGAAGAGGGUGAAGACGUACAGCGAGCGCCUGGGCGCUGGGGACCUCUACCCCUUGUUUGCCUGCAUGCUGACGGCCCGAUCUUGGGACUCGGUCAACAGGGGCAUCAGCCGAGCUCCGGUCACCACCACAGAGGACUCGGAGAUCCGCAGCAAUGCGGCCAACUACCUGCCGCAGAUCAGCCAGCUCCUCAACCGCGUGCCGCGCCAGAUGCUGCUCAUCUUCAAGACCAACGACCUGCUGCGUGGCAUCGAGGCUGCGCUGGGCACCCGCGCCAGCGCCAGCUCCUUCCUCAGCAUGUCGCGGUGCUGUGUCCGGGCGCUGGCCUGGCACGAGAGGAGGAACACCUGCUCGUUCUUCAGACGGACCCAGAUCUCCUGCAGCGAGGCCUUCACCUUAUGGCAGAUCAGCCUUCAUGAACUCAUCCUGCACGUGAAGGGCUUCCGGCUGGCCCACUGGGUCUUCGCCCUGCUUGGCUGGCUGUUUCCUGCCCUGCACUGAGUGACCCAGCUCUCCCUGACCUCUCUCUGGUCUCUCUUCACUUCCCAGUCUUUAGUCCUGUCCUCACCUAGUUGUCCUCUGUGUGCUACACGGUAUCUGCAGCCCCAGGGUCAGUGGAGUGUCCAACCCACCUUGGAAUUCCUCUGCCCACACUGCAGUCCUCGUCUUAGGGCCCACAAGCAGUCAGUGGGAGACGUUUCUCUCCUGGUCCCAGGAGGAGGUGGAGGAGCCUACUUCCCAUCCUGGUACGUGCCCCUUGCCUCCCCCAACCUUUUCUACCACGGGGCUGGACAGCCUGUACCACGGAGGACACCUUUGACUUGCAGAAAUUUGAUUUUCUUGGAGGUGAGCCCGUCUGAACUUGCUACCGAUCAGGUUCCCUCUGCUUGCCAUAUCGCUCCGCAGAGGUGCCACACCGUUGGCAUGUGAGGGCGGGCUCUGUUGCAUCCGUGAGCCCAUGGCUGUCAUGAUGAUCCUCCCCCCUUGAUGUUUUACAAGCUGUGUUUCAAUAAAAUCCCCUUCCCAAUGGCA